GUUAUACUACUUUUUUUCUUUUUCCCACUUCCCACUCUAUUCAUUGGGCAUUACUUACCAAGCAGCUCGCCGGAGCCAGCCACCGUCGGUUCCUCCUCUCCCCUUCACCAGCCGUUCAAAUCGAAUCAAAUCCCUAAUUCCGCUGGUCACAAUUUCCUCUUCCCCUUCCCUCUCUAUUCUGCAAGAAGUCCUGUAUAGAGCUGGAUUUGAGGGUAGCACUUUAUGGAGGCUUCUUUUUGAGUGAGGGAAUCAGCCAUGGGUCGUGCCUUGGAUCUGCAGGAAUUCAUCGUUCGAUCUCGAGUGCUGAAGCUGUACAGGCAAGCGCUCCGGGUCGUUCAAAGAGCACCUGAUGGUGCUAAAGCUGAGUUCCGCAUUCAGUUUUACAGUAUCGAAGCAGAAAUCUGCUUAUGCUGUCAUUUGGACUUUCAAUUUUGAACUGAAGCAAACGUUUAGGCAGGAGAUGGAGAACAACUGGAACUGCAACGACAGGCAGACUAUUCGAUUUCUAAUGAGCGACGGACUAGAGAGGCUGAAACGUCUGGAUGAGACCCUGGAUAUGCAGGGUCGUUGACCAAACUUGGUUCUCAUUCACAGAGUAGAUCAGAACUUCACUGUACCAUGAGAAUUUGUAACAACGGAAGACAAAAGAUUCAUGAAUUGUUGAUCCAUUCAUAAACUAGUUUGUAUGCAUGUUUUGAUUAUUAUUAGGACUCGAGCAUUCCUAAUUUCACUUGGUUCAUGUGAGCUUGUGUGGUAAAACAGUCAUGGAUUUGACAUAGGAUCUUCUUUUCUGUCUCAGGGUUAUAAUUGAUUUAUUAUUAAUUUGGAGCU